AUGCAUGCCGUGGCCUCCAUUUACGUCAAUGGGACACCCAGCUGUCAGUCUGCAGAUGGACUUUCCGGUGAAGAGCUCAGUGUUGGUUUAUUUAACCAUCUGUUACAACCAAAGGGGAGCUCAGAGGCUCUUCAAGAUGUCCACUUCUUGUGCUGUGACAUUGACCCUGAUUUGAUCAGCAGAGCUAAGACUGGAAACCCCUUCCCCGAUUCCCUCACGUUCUCUUCUCUAGAUAUCAUGGACCCCUCUUCACUGGACAUCUUACAGAACUUCUUGAACAAGUUUGGCCAAGCCAGGUUUGACAUUGGAUUUUGUAUGUCAAUAACCAUGUGGAUCCAUCUAAAUCACGGUGACCAGGGGCUGGUGCAAUUCCUCAAGAAGCUAACGACGCUGUGUGACUAUUUGCUUGUAGAGCCUCAGCCAUGGAAGUGUUACAGGUCAGCAGCCCGACGUCUGCGGAAGCUGGGGAGACAAGACUUUGAUCACUUCCACACACUGGCCAUCCGUGGUGACAUGACAGAACAAAUCAUUAACAUUUUGGCCAGGCACUGCAGUAGUGAGCUUGUUCAUCGUUUUGGUAACACAAGUUGGGAUCGAAGUCUGUUACUGUUUAAAAACAGAUCAACAAAAUGACCUGGCUAG